CAUUAUUUCAACUUUAUUUAAUUCUCUCUUCUGUUUCAAAUUCACGUUCCUCUCCCUUGUUCUCUUUUCUUAACUUUAUUCUAUUCUCUCUCCACAGUUUCAGCUUUAACUGCAUCAACUUUAUUUGUACUUUGGCUCUCAUCUCUCUCUGUUUCGCUAUUUCAUCUCCCAUCUCUAGUUGUUACUAUCUUUUUCUCUAUUUCUAUCUCCGAUCUCUUGUUGUUUCUGUCUUGUUCAUUGUAGUAGCAAUGUCUUUCUCUUUUUUAACUCUUCUGCCCAACCAAAGCACACCGGCUUGGACGGAUGUAAGACUAAAACUCACUCUCACCUGCUACCCACCCCGCGAAAAUACUCACCACCUACUUAUAAAACUCAUCAUUAGACUAAGAGUUGGAAUGAAGGAAAGAAGAUGUUUCAUGAUUUCUACUGCUCAAAACAUGCCGACAACCUUAGAAGAUGCCAUCUCCCUUAUGGACAAAGAACUCAAGCAAGUAGACCUGGUGAUACCUAACCUAGGUAAGAUCACAGCAGCCUACAUGUUUGGUGCAGCCGAGGCGCUUCGUGCUAAUCCCAAUGGGCCACAAGAAAAAAUGACUUUCACUAAUUUAUUGAAGGUGAAUGAUGAAGCAGGUGACUUAGAACCGGAGAUUUUGGAGAACUUUGUAUCUGAAAUUCGAAAUAAGGUCGAGAUUUCUCUUCGACCUCAGGUCUCUUUGGUGGAGUCCUUUAAGCUAGUAGUAGCGACCAACACAAAAGAAGAUGUAUGUGUUAUAUGCAUGUCCGAGUUGAGCAAUGGCACCAGUAAUAUAAGGGAAAUGCCUUGUUUGCAUCAAUAUCAUGAAGACUGCAUAUACAAGUGGCUCGGGUGCAAUCAGUCUUGUCCAAUUUGCCGAUAUAGUUUGUGCUCAAAGUAACUUUCUGCAUGAACAAGAUGAAGAUAUCAAUAAUUUUAUUUUUCUCUUUUUAUUUU